GUCUGUAGCGGGAUCGUGGAUCGGGAAAAGGAAGCAAAGGAAACGAUACGUUCGGACGCGAGUACGUCGAGAGAGAGACGAAGGACCAUCUUCGAACUGGAUUCCUAUUCCGCUUCCGGUAUAUCGAGCAGCGACCUUCCGCGUCUCGCUUCGAAGGAUGACGCGCUCGAGGCGCCAACGGAAAUUCGCUAUUCCGUUUCACUGGGCGUACCGGGUAUAGCGAGAAUCAAUUUGUCACCUCUGACGCAAAAGGUGAUCGGCUGCGUCAUAGGAGAGAACGUCAGCACCGAAUAUCCUUGGGUACACGUGCGAAAAGAGAUCAUCGAGGACAAUAUAGAUCUUCACGAAGACAGCAGCGACUUCUUGCCGAUAAAGAACGAGAUUCAAAAGUUUCCAAACUCGAAGAUACCGAUCGGUUACGUUCCAUCGUUGACCGAAGAAGGCCAGUUCUACGUAUGCCUGACCGAGGAAGGUCGCGACGCCGUGGUCGAGGAAAUUCGGAAACAAAGAGAGGAACACGAGAAUCGGGUGAGAACUGCCGUCUACAAGCCGGCAUUGGCAAAGUGGCGGGAAUUUAACAGCGGCGCGGAGAUCGAAGCGAACGUCGUUAAGAAGAGCAGACCGCUUUUAGAGAUCGAGGUAACAGGCACGGUAGACGCGCUCGACGCACCGCUUCGACUGCAAGACAGAAAGGCGGAAGACGUCAGAGACGGACACGCGCAACUGGUUCCUCCUUCUCAUCGUCGACUCUCGGAACGUGUUUCGCGGAAACUGUCGAGCAACGGGACCCAGGUUACGCCGGACGUUCGAGACGCGACAACCGAGACGGCUCUUUCGGUAUCGACGAACCGUUGGAUUCAGUACGAGUACGAACGUCAGUCCGCCGACGCGUCGAACGACUCUACCCCGGAGGAAACAGAAUCUUUGAAGAGUUUCCUUCGUCGUUUCGCCGAUCACGUCUGCGACCAAUUGCUGUUGAACGCUACUUGGGACAUUUAUACGAACGACUACGGCAAUUUGGCGAGAAACGCGAGAGACACUCAACGGCCGAUACCGGCGAGUUACGAGGAACAUUCGAGUUUUCAGGACGAACAGCACGCGGUGGACAAAGUGAUCAACGAUCUGUGUUGGCAUCCAUUGUGGAGCGGUAUAGCGUUUGCCGCUUACACGAGGCACGCCAAGAGUCAACGCCUGAUCGGACGUAAAUCGAACGAAGAGGUUGUCCAAGCUCACGACGACAAUUUCGUCCUGGUAUGGUCGUUGGACGACAGUUUGACACCGAAAUUGGUACUCGAAAGUCCGAGGGAAGUGACGUCGGUAGCUGUGAAUCCACUGGAUGGAAACUUGGUGAUCGUACUGUGGCACAUUCCCGGCAAGAUCGAGGAAGCAGAGCGGGUAGUCGCGUACACGGCUGCUCGAAUCAAGCACAGAACGACGAUAAAGAGUUCGACGGCGUGGAUGCGAGAAGCAGUCGGCACGUCCGUCAGGAUCGGACCGACGGCGAUCUCCUCGCCGAAGAAGAGCCAGAAGGCAGCCGUGACUCGGAUCGCGUGGAUGUCGCCGUACGACCAACUCGAUGCCAGCGGCAAGAUCGCGUCGUUGCCGGAAGACGCGAGCGUCGACGAUUUAUCGGUAGAAAUCGCGACUGCGAGCGAGGACGGUACGAUCGCUUUCUGGAACUUGAAGUCGAACGAAAAGUUGGUAUCUCCUUCGGAAACGUACGAGAAAGAAGCAAGCCCGAGAAAGAAAGGAGAAGCGAAAAGACCGGAAGCGUCGACGAGGCGGACGUCUCCGUUCAAAGCGUUGGACCGCGUUUUGAAGCCUGGUUUCGUUCUGGCGGUGCAACAUCCGAACGAGAGUCGAAACGUCGUGAUAACGACGAUCGACGCGCACGUACCGACGUUUGAGAAAAGACGCGCAGACGUCGGUCCACCGUCGGAAGACGCAACCGUUCGGAGAUACUUUGAGAAUAUCGUGAAAAAACCGAGUCGCGCGACGCGAGCGGAGAUACACGUCGGUACGGUGGAAGGUAAUCACACGCGACAAUCGCGCAAAUUUACGAAAAUAGGUCGCGCGUGUUUCGGGACGGGACGUCGGGAAUCGUUGGGAAAAGAAGGAAAGAGAAAAAGGAAGAGAGAGAAUUUUUCAAACGAGUUUAAUCGCAACAAUCGGCGUGGCUGCACAGGUGAUUUCGGUUGCGCGACGUGGAACGGAUACGACUUUGCGACGGAUUUAGCCGUCAACAGCGAGACGUGUCGAUGGCGUUGGUUCAAAAGCGGAACACACGACGGUCCGGUAACGCACUCGGUUCGAUGCAGAGAGAACAGCACGUGGCUGGCGACGAUAGGUGGGAAGAUAUUCGCCAUUUGGAAGGAAGACGUCGGCGCACCGUUGUUUCGGAAGAAGUCGGACGUCGGGUUGACCGGUGUCUCGUGGGGCAGUCUCCGUGCGACGACACUGAUUCUCGCACGAUCGGACGGCACGGUGGAAUUGUGGGAUUUCACGGUGAAGACGGAGGAACCGUGCGUCGUGCAGAGUGUGUCCGGUCGCGCGAUCACGGGAGCGUACACCCACGAGUUACGCGCAACGACCCGUCAAUGCGUAGGAUUUUGCGAUUUCAACGGUAUCCUGAGAAUGUUUCUCGCUCCGGCCGCUCUCCUCGAGACAGACUCGGCCGGUACAGAACGGAUGACCAAUUUCAUGGAACGACAAGCAAAAAGGGUAACGGUGAAAGAGGGCAGAGAGUGGCUAGAGAAACGGUUAGAAACGAACUACGAGGAGACGGAACGGAAACAACGACGGGAAGAAGAGGAAGCAAGCGUUUGGAGAAGGGCGAGAGCGGAGGAAAGCUCGGUAAAGAAAGACGGUUCGCAACGUUUCCGCGACGCUGUCCGCGAGAGAAAGAAACGGAAGAAGAAGGAAAAAAGGUUUUCUCUUUCUCUCGUAAUUUUUGGACCGGUCGGGGAAACGGAUCGAACGUGGAAACUAUCGCUGGCUGGACAGCGAUCGAAUCGAGUGUAAUUUACAGAAAAGACGGGAAGCGAGAGAGUCGAAGCGCGUGGAGCGAGUGGAGAAGAAAGGUUCGAAGAAGGACGACCCGGAGAAGCAGCGGGAAGCG